AUGUUUUCACUUGCCAACAAGCUUACACUGCUUGGAUUAUUGUUCUCUAUUGCAUAUAAAGGGGGUCACGCCCUGCCGAAUAAACGGGAAUCCAAUUCCGAAUCGGGUCCAUUAUACGGUUCUAGUGGUUUGCCCAUGGCUGAAGAUGUCGAAUAUCAUCACUACGAUCAAGGAUACUCCGCAGCAGUCAUAGCAGCCACUAAAUUCCCUCAAUUCCUCAAAUCACUCAUUCAAUACGAUGGCGAUAACUUCACUUCGAUCUCCAAAGUGAACGCCACGGUUUUCAAAACAGACUCUGUAGAGUCCAGUACCCAUGUCAUUACUCAUGGGGAAAUUUCCGAGAGAAACAAUACUAGAGGAGAUGUAUGGUGGCCCGGUGCACUUUACAGAGCUUCAUUGAGAUCUGGAUACGUGAUUGAUCCAGAUGGGAAGAUGGGUAUGCCAAAUUUACAGCCUAAAGAUGCUAUGAUAUUACUUUCAGGUUAUAGUCCUGAUUUCGUCCGUACCUUUGAUAAAGAAUCUUUAUGGAAUCACCUAACAAUCGACAAUAAGUUGAAUAGCACUUUCUAUAAUCCAAUGGUUUGUCGUGCUUCGGAUGACGCCGAGACGCUGGUAGGCGGGAUGACAUAUGUGAUUAAUGAACCUUUGGACAAGCAAAGAAGUUCGAAUUCGAGAUCGAUGUCAAAGAUCCCACUAACCAACAUCAUAGUUACACUGCAGAAGAACUUUCUUCAAGAUUUACUUCAUUGUUGGGAAUGGAAUUUGGAGAGGUUCGUCAAGCCUUGGCUUGCGGUAGGAGACGAUAAUGAGAACACUUUCAAAGACACUUCGUCGACAACAUCAACCGCAUCGGAUCCAUCGAAUAUCUCCGCUGAUACUUCGUCUGCCACAUCGACCCAAGGAAGUUCUUCCAAACCAACUAGUUCUAGUUCUGCAUCUUCAUCAGACGCUUCGAGUUUUCCAUCUGAUUUCUCAUCCGAACAAUCGACUACUGCAUCUUCAACCUCGUCAGGCGAAUCUUCUACGACUUCUACGUCCUCUCAGAGCUAG